AUGGAUGUCAAUUUCCACACAGGCAGACUCUGCAUGGUGGUGUGCUCUGCACCUGUGGAGAUCCGGGCUGACCUUCCGGCAAGCAAGCGGGCUGAGGCCCCCCUCCCCAACCCCAACCCCUCCCCCUCCCCCACCCAGUGGGCCUGCAAUCCCAGGCUGCUGUGCCAGGCGCCAGGGAUCCGGUUAGUGGGUGGGGCCGCCGGCAACACUGGGGCCCUGGCAUCCCGGCGCCAAAGGACUGUUUGGAAAGCCGGGCAGCAGGACACCCUGCUGGCAGCUUUCGCUGAGAACCCUUACCCAAGCUUCAGGGCCAGGGAGGAGCUGGCCAGGGAACUGGGGCUGCCUGAGUCCCGCAUCCGCGUGUGGUUUCAGAAUCGCCGAAAUCGCACCAGGGAGGUGCGCGGCCGCCGAGGCCCCGAGGGGUCGGCGGGACCAAGCGGGCUAGCGUCCCCUCAGCAGCGACCCAGAGGGCCUGGUGCCCGGGCACGAGGAGGUGGAAGAAGCAGCCCCGACGAGGGACGCACCAGGCGUCGCACUCGACUCAGCCCGGCACAGUUGAGGAUCCUGCUCCAGGUGUUUGAGCGGGACCCGCAGCCGAAAUAUGCUGCCAGGGUGAAGCUCGCCCAAGAGACCGGUUUGCCUGAGGACACCAUCUCCAUCUGGUUCCAAAACCGGAGAGCGCGCCACCCUGGCGGUGGCGGGGACAGAGGUCGAGGUCAAGACUCCCGGGCUUCGCCGCCACCGCCGCCGCCUUCCCCUGCGUCCAAUGCGGAGCCUGAAGGACCACCUUGCAGCCCCAGGGAGACGGAGCAGCAUGCCCAAGACGACCUGUUGCCACCGGCUGCUGCACUAGGCUUGGGCGUCCAGACUUGGAGUCCGCCCUCCCCACCGCCCUCCUUCCCAGUGUCCUCGCCUGCAGCGGCACAGCCCUCGGGACCACGCCACGACCACGACCCGGAACCCCACCCCGUCGCGAGAGACACCUACACCGUGGACGAUGUGGAGGUCACGCUGGACCAGCUGCUGUCUCAACUCCAGGCUGACCAGCAGGCCCAGGACACUCUGGAUCCCCACGUCCCGUGGGAGGACAUUAACCCAACCCUUGAGCUCCCUCUGGACCAAGAAGAGUACCGGACCCUCCUGCUGGAUCUGUUGGGAGACACAGCAAGGCUUCGUUGA